UUCGUGACAGACGCUGGAGUUCGCUUUAACCAGCGGUUAACCCCAUGGACUAAGUUGUAAUGGUCGUAGAGGGGCAACAUCCCCUCGAGGCUUUUAAUUUUGAAAUUUAUCUGUAAAAUCUGUCUCUCAGACAUUACGACGAUCGAGGACAGCGAUGUAGGUUUAUCCGUCAUGAUCUUCAGAUGAUUUUUAAAUGUGACAAGAAGUUUCAUUCAAGAAAUGAGCCUGCUUGACUUACCCAGCUGGUUAAUCGUUGCGGCAUUCUUUGUUGUUACUUGUGUUUCCAGAGGGACGAUUUUUGAUAUGAGACCAUCAGUGGAAAAGUAUCUUCCAAAUUACGAUUUCUAUCAUAAUCUCUCCAGGAUGAACCAAUGCCUUCAUCAUGUUUCCUCGCAAUAUUCUGAAUUUUUGGACGUACAGAUGCGCUACCGUUCACGUAUGGGACUUACUCAGUACGUUCUUCGAGUAUCGAACUUCUCUCUUGAUUCUGUUACUGAGAACAAAUCAGACAACAGAUCCAGAAUAUUUUUUUCCUAUGGCGAACACGCCGCCGAAUUCUUCCCCGUUCAAAGUAUGUUCCACUUGAUAGAAAAUAUAACUCAGGGUUAUGACUUACCUCAAGAGACCUACGGAGGAAAGUUUACCCGAUAUUUGCUUAAUAAUUUUGAUCUUUACAUCUUGACCAUCGUGAAUCCAGAUGGUCGGACAAUCGUCGAGAAAACUAGAAACUAUUGUCAUAUGGGUACAGCAAAAAACGCUGAUCUGAACAGCGAUCUGGCGGCGAAUCUUAGACGAACCAGUAGAGGAACAGAUAGAGUUAUAGCAGCAGAACCAGAAUGUAGAGUUUUUAGAGAGUUGAUGUCUAGACACAGUUUUGAUGCUUUCUUCUCAUUCCAUUCAGGAAGUAGACAAAUACUUUAUCCAUUAUCAGAAAAAAAUUCCAAAGGUUCUGGUGUAGAUGUCUUCUACUUAGCAUCUCUCAUGUCCUCCUCUUUAAAAUCAAGCUUCACACUUGUCCCUGUAAAUACCUCUUUAUUUGAUGCAGGCAUUUUUACAUACGCAAACCAAGAGAAACAGAUAUCACUUACAUACAAAAUUUCUUUGUGGGGAGAGAAAGACGCAAAAUCUGAUUUUCCUGACAAAAACUGCUUUAGUACAUUCAAUCCACCAAGUGAGGAUUUGGAGGCUGAAUUAAAGCUUAUCCACCCACUUUAUCCAACAAUCUUUAAUUUUAUACAAAACUGGAAAAAAACACAGAUUUUGAUAAUGGCUAGACAACAGGCAAGUGACAAGAGUUCUAAAACAAGAGGAGUACCAUUUAGUGUUAGUUUUUUUAUUUUCCUCUUGGGAGGCACUUGUGUUCUCUUGCUUUGUAAUGUCCGAGUACCUUUCUCAUGGAAAAUAUACUACAGACGACAAAGACGUAUUGUCAGUUUAAGAUCUUUAGGAACACUCUUUGCUGUUAUUUGUCCAUUAACAUAAAAGCAGUUUUACAACAACAAAAUAGCGCUGAAUUAAUUUUUUAUGUAAAAAUAAUUUGUGGUACAAUAUUUUCCUUAGUUGAAAAAUUUCCAACAAGUUUCAUUUUGAUUUCUUUUUCAUUUUAUUUUAAACAAUGUUUCAAUGUAUUUUAGAUUGAAACAAAGGGAAAGAAAAAUUUCCCCAGUUUGACAUUUUUCAAACAAAGAGAAAUUUGAACCACAAAAUAUAAAUAUUGGGUCAGAAGUAAGUGAUUCUUCAACCUAAAAAUGUACAACUUUUGACAUGGCUAAUGUCUUCUGAUGAAGAGAAACAAAACAAUCCAAAUAUUUAUACCAAAGGGCAAUUUUGUGAAAAAAUACACAAACAUUUUUCUUGAAGCAAAAUACAAUUCAUUUAGUAGUUUUAUUGUAGCUUUUAUUUAAUAAGAUAAAUUUUAAUGUCAUGGCAAGUUGUGAGAGUUACAUGUCUUGCCUAAGAAGACACACAGAAAAAAAACCCAAGACCAUGGUGCAAACUGGGACUUCUCAAUGCAGAAUUUGGUAUGGCUACCAUAAGGCUGUUUUUCCUCCCACUUUUUGUCAACAGGAUAGAUUUGCAAAAUCCUUUUUAAACUUGAUACUUUCAAGUGAUUAGAUAAAAGAUGGUACUAAUAAAUCAUAUUUUACAAAUUUAAAAAAUGGUUGUAAAAAGUUUAGAUUACAAGUGAAUAUGAUACACAGUUUUUAAGCGUCUUUGUCUGUAAUUUCAUAAAGAUUUGUGUUAUUUUAUUUUUCUCUUUACUGAGUCAAGAUUUAUGGGGUCUGUAAUGUGUAAGAAACAAAUGGUAAAAGUUAUAUGAAGUCCUGUUUUCAAUACCUUGGGAUUAAACAUGAGAUGUUUGAAUGACUGUAAAUUUUGAAGUCUUGCAAAUUUGUGAAACAGGCAAAAAAUAUUUAUUUAAUGUAAUUUACUAUUUUAAUUUGUCCCAACCAGAAUUAGGAUUUUGGAAACAAAUAAUUUUUUAAAGAUAAUUUAAUUUAAUUUUGAACUGUGUAAGGAUUUGAAAGGUAUAUAACAUUGUAACACUAGAAGAAUCCCAGCUGAAAUAAAUUUCUUAAUUUUGUGGUUGAA